AAUAUGUUAAUGUUUGACCACCAUGGUGAUGACGACGAAUACGAUAUGUGGCUACGAACGGAUGAUGACAGUCUUAAUGAUAGUGAUAGCGAUAACACAACCAUUGGUCAUAAUACACCAGUCAUUAUUGAUGGAGAUUCAGAUAGUGACUAUUAUGUGAACAAAACAGAACUGUCUCCCGACGAAAACACGUAUUCGAUGUCUCCACCUGUUGCCAAAUCUAUUCCAUAUGGAAGUUAUUUAAGACGAUAUAAACAGUCUCCAUUAAAGUCUUCUGCUACUCCAUUUCAUAGUUUAUUUCUUCAACCACCUC